AUGGAAAUGACUUACUAUGAAAAGACACCUUUGAUUCGUCAAUUUUUGAACAAUGGUAAGACAAAUUCGUGGUUUUACGUUAAGCAUGAGAUGUUACAACCAGGUGGAAGUUUCAAAUCGAGAGGAAUCGGGCAUUUGAUAAGGAAGAGUAAUGAAGAAGCGCUAAGCGAGGGUUCUGGGAAGCUUGCUGUAUUUUCUAGCUCUGGGGGAAAUGCUGGUUUAGCAGCAGCAACUGCCUGCAGAUCGAUGGCACUUAAUUGCAGUGUAGUGGUUCCUAAAACUACAAAACCUAGAAUGGUAAAGAAAAUUCAAAGUGCAGGAGCCAAAGUCAUUAUCCAUGGUGAUCAUUGGGGGGAAGCAGAUGAAUACUUGAGGCACGAAUGAAUGGCGCAAGAAAGCCAACAUGGUUCGAAGACACUAUAUGUGCACCCGUUUGAUAACGAGACAAUUUGGGAAGGUCAUUCUACGAUUGUGGAUGAAAUCAUAGAACAAUUGAAGGAAAAUGAUAUAUCCUUACCUAGGGUGAAAGCUUUGGUUUGUAGUGUUGGUGGUGGUGGGCUAUUUAGUGGCAUAAUUAAAGGCCUAGAUAGGAAUCAGCUUGCUGAAAAAAUUCCGGUCGUUGCUGUAGAAACUGCCGGUUGUGACGUAUUGAAUAAGUCUCUCAAAAAAGGUAGUCCAGUUACUCUUGAAAAAUUGACAAGUGUUGCAACUUCUUUGGCCUCCCCAUACAUAGCAUCAUUCGCGUUUGAGAGUUUUAACAAGUAUGGAUGUAAGUCUGUAGUUUUAUCAGAUCAAGACGUUCUGGCAACAUGCUUGAGAUAUGCCGAUGACUACAAUUUUAUAGUGGAACCAGCCUGUGGAGCAUCCUUACAUUUAUGUUAUCAUCCAGAGAUUCUUGAAGACAUUCUGGAACAAAAAAUAUAUGAGGAUGAUAUCGUUAUUAUAAUCGCAUGCGGUGGAUCAUGUAUGACGUAUGAAGACUUGGUGAAAGCGUCGAGCACAUUAAACGUAUCAUAA